AUGAAGCGGACCCUGGAAGAUUUCUUUGGGGGUAGAAAAGCCCUAAAGAAAGGCACAACCAGCAACCCAGCUCUCAGCAAUGGCAGUGCUAGCAGCAGCAGCCCAGCGUCAGCUUUCAGCAGCGGUAGCAGCGGCAGCCCAGCGUCAGCUUUCAGCAGCGGUAGCAGCGGCAGCUCAGCGUCAGCCCUCAGCAGCAGUAGCAGCGGCAGCCCAGCGUCAGCUUUCAGCAGCGGUAGCAGCAGCAGCCCAGCGUCAGCUUUCAGCAGCGGUAGCAGCAGCAGCCCAGCGUCAGCUUUCAUCAGCGGUAGCAGCGGCAGCCCAGCGUCAGCUUUCAGCAGCGGUAGCAGCGGCAGCUCAGCGUCAGCCCUCAGCAGUGGUAGCAGCGGUAGCAGUGGCAGCCCAGCGUCAGCUUUCAGCAGCGGUAGCAGCAGCAGCCCAGCGUCAGCUUUCAUCAGCGGUAGCAGCAGCAGCCCAGCGUCAGCUUUCAGCAGCGGCAGCUCAGCGUCAGCCCUCAGCAGCAGUAGCAGCGGCAGCCCAGCGUCAGCUUUCAGCAGCGGCAGCUCAGCGUCAGCCCUCAGCAGCAGUAGCAGCGGCAGCCCAGCGUCAGCUUUCAGCAGCGGUAGCAGCAGCAGCCCAGCGUCAGCUUUCAGCAGCGGUAGCAGCGACAGCUCAGCGUCAGCCCUCAGCAGCGGUAGCAGUAGCAGCGGUAGCAGCAGCAGCCCAGCACGUGCCGUGCUGGGGCGGCGCAUCAUCAGUCCCAACCUAUAUCCUCGGUCCUACUUCUACUUGCGAAGUGUGGCACGGUCGAACGUGUCAUCACACACGUGUAGGUAA